UCCUUUUCCAGGCAGCCUCGGCAGCCGUGUCGGCGGGGCGCUCUGAGCGAUGGGAGUGGGGAGAUGCCCCGGCACUGCUCUGCCACAGGCUGCUGCACCCGUGACACUCCUGAAACCCGCAACCGUGGCAUUUCCUUCCAUCGACUGCCAAAGGACAACCCCCGGCGAGCCAUGUGGCUGGAGAACUGUCGCAGGAAGGACAUGAGUGGACAAGGUCUCUGGGACCCUGCCUCCAAGUAUGUUUACUUUUGCUCCAAGCACUUUGAGAAGACUUGCUUUGAACUGGUGGGCACCAGUGGUUACCAUCGGCUCAAGGAAGGUGCUGUCCCCACUAUAUUUGAGCUUCAUGCCAAGCCACGACGGAAAUCAAAACUAGGCAACUCCAAACUUGCAAGGCGUCAGCAGAAGCAGAGCUGUGGCCUUUGCCCAGAGGAGGAGUCGACCUCAUUGUCCAUGGACAUCUCAUGCUUCCCUGUGCAAGAGCUUCCGAGCCCUGUGGCUGCUCCCACCAGUGGGGAGCCCCGAAGCCAGCCCAUCCUUCCUGGGCCAGAGCCAGAAAGCCUGGCUCCCCUCCCAGACAUUCCCCUGGAACAGUCACCAGCUGCCACAGGCCAGGAGGAAGCCUCUCCCUCUCCAGCCCUCCCUGAGCCUAUGGGGGAUUCCUCUCACCCCGUUUCCCUCUCCCUCUAUAUGCUGCGCCUCCCUCCCCCAGCUGGGGCCUACAUCCAGAACGAGCACAGCUACCAGGUCGGCAGUGCCCUGCUGUGGAAACGGCGAGCUGAGGCAGCGCUCGACGCUUUAGGCAAAGCUCAGCGUCAGCUGCAGGCCUGCCGGCGCCGAGAACAGCGGCUUCGCCUACGCAUCUGUGAGCUGCAGUGUGAACGACGGCCACACAGUGCCGAUGCCCACAAGCGGCUGAAGGAACAACUACAGGUCUUUGAACUGCAGCUAUUGAAUGACCUGGAGUGACUCUAGCAACUAAUCUUUCGCCCAUUGAGCACUGUCUUGGCCAUUGGCUGUGCAACAGUUUCUUUUGGCCAAACUGUUUGUUGGGCAGCUCUGAGUCCCUCCUAACUGCUGCUUGGCACUUACCCCUCUCCUCCCACACACACACCCCAUUUAUGUUUUCUCAAUGUAUGUAAAUAAAGAUUGUUUUGUAUGAUUGGAUGCUCCCAACUCAGGGGAAAGACAUUUUGGUUGCUUAUAAACCGAUUCAGGAUAGCUGUUAAGGGCAUAUUUUGGGUACAGACCAAGUAACAGGCAGUGAAGCCAUGACAGCUCUAGCAAUUAAGCCUAACCGUGCAUUCUGUUUGCCAUGUGUGAGUAGCCCCAGUGUUCUCACCCUAUUGAGAUUUUUGACAGGUCUCCUAUCCAGGGUGAUAAAAACCACACACAUACAGUGGCAAAUGAGCAGCAGGCUGUUUUCUCCAUCUGAAUUUUCUUUCUUCCUUUCCCUCGCAAUUCUUUGGGAAAACUAGUUGCCAUGGUGAACAAGGAAGAGUUCCUGGUUUUCCUAUAUGUGAUUCCUGUCUCUUCCAGCAUGCUCAGUGUGUUAAUUCUAGCUGCUCAACCUCAUCUGUAAGGGCCUGGAAAAGGUGAUGGAGGAAAAGCAAAAUUUACUCAAUGGAGGGAGAUAGGCCUGUGUAUGCUGCUGACUAGGUAGGCCAGACUUAAGUCAGUGUGUGUCCCCCAAAACAGAACAGGACCACUGAUCUGCCAAACGAAGCUUGACUCUUGAAAACCUACACCCUGAAAAUCCUUUUGGUCUUUAAGGUGCAACUAGACUUGAAUCUUGUUCUUCUACUGUAGACCAAUACGACUACCCGCCUGAAACUAUCCAUUGAUACAACGUAUACUAAUCAAAGGACUGACAUCUGAAAAGUUCAGACUUCUCCUAGGGACAAACAGUUUGGAUCUGAGUUGCAGUUGCUAUCUGGCACCCUGGCUAGGCCCUCUCAGUUGUUUCAUUUGGUGGUGGGAAGGAGCCCCUGUUCCAAUUUGCUCCAUGUGCUUUGUUUUUUAGCCUCCCUCGUGCCUGCUACCAUUUUAGCAACAUGCAUAAGAACAAAGAUUAAUUAGAUAAUAGUGUAUUUCUGCGGUCUUGAUAGGGCAGAUCUGAGCAGCGUCCCCCCCAUCCCCCUCACCGCCUGCCAAAUGUUACAGGUAGAGCAAGAAAUCUUUGGGAUGCUUGAUACUGAGCUCGCUCUGCUUCCAGCCAUAAAGAAGGCUGUGUGUCCAUGUCCCAAAGUGCAAAUGGAUUCACAAUUGCUUAUCUCUCAUUUGUCAGUUGUAUUCUUGUUGCCAGUGUUAAAAUCCACUGUUUUGAUCUGUGAAACGCUCCUGAGGGUCUAUCAGCCUGGCACUCAGAACUGUCAUGGCAGGAUAUACGCUUGAAACUAUUUCUUAUGCUCUGUGUAUGUGCGAUGUGCUGUGGCCCUAUGAAUCAAUGACCUCCAAAACUUCCUACCAUUAAGAGCCUUGCUCAGGUCUUGCAAUCUGAUGGCUGUGGCUCCCUUUAUUAAGUCAAUCCAUCUCGUGUUGGGUCUUCCUUUGUUUCCUACUUCCUUCAACUUUUCCAAUCAUUAUCAUCUUUUCCAGUGAGUCUUGUCUUCUCAUGAUGUGAUCAAAGUAUGAUAGCCUCAAUUUAGCCAUUGUAGCUUCUAGGGAGAAUUCACACUUGAUUUGAUCUAAACUAGAACCCAAUUAUUUGUCUUUUUGGCAGUCCAUGGAAUCUGUAAAACUCUUCUUCAACACUACAUUUUAAAUGAACUGAUGUUCUUGUUUUCUUUCUUCGUUGUUCAACUUUCACAUACAUAUAUUGUGAUGAGGAGUACCACAGUAUGAAUAAUCUUGAUCUUGGUCCCCAGAAACACUUCCUUAUCCUUAAGGAUCUUUUCUACGUAAUGGCUGCCCUUCCAAGUCUUAAUCUCCUGAUUUCUUGUUUACAGUCUCCCUUUGGGUUAAUAAUUGAGCCAAAGAAUAGAAAAUCUUUUUAACAAUUUCAAUUUUUUCAUUUUCAACUAUAAAAUUGUGUAAUUCCUCAGUAAUUGCUUCAGUCUUCUUGAUAUUCAGCUGUAAACGUGCUUUGCCACCUUUUCGUUCAAUGUUCAUCAGCAGUCAUUUCAAGUCUUUGCUGUUUUCUGCUAGUGAUGUGUCAUCUACAUAUCUCAAAUGGCUAGUGUUUCUUCCACCAGUUUCAACGCCACUUUCAUCUAAAUAUAAUCCAGCUUGCUUUAUGAUCUGCAUAUAGGUUGAACAAGUAGGGAGACGCCCUUGCCACUUGGAAACCAUUCUGUUUCCCCAUGUUCUGUCCUAACAGUAGCCUCUUGUCCAGAUUAAAGGUUGUACAUCAAAAGAGCCAGAUGGCACAACACACUUGUUUCUUUUAAAACCAUCUAUAGCAUCUCGUGAUCUACACAGCUGAAGGCUUUGCUGUAAUCUAUGAAGCAUAAACUGAUUUUCUUCUGACAUUCUGUAAUAUGCUUGAGUAACCAUUGUAAAUUUACAGUAUGAUCUCUAGUACUUUUCCUUUGCUGAAUCUCACUUGAACAUCUGUCAUUUCUUGUUCCAUAUACGAUCAGAGUCUUUGUUGUAAAAUUUUGAGCUUCACUUUGCUUGAAUGGAAAAUUAAUGAGGUGAUCCAAUAGUUGCUGAAACCUUUGACAUCUCUUUUGCUCUAGUUACUGAUGGUUCACAUCAGUCAAAUUUGCACAGCUAGAGCAUGCUCCCAUGCUCUCCCCCUGCUCAAGAAGCUAAAACAAUUUGCUUUUCAAAAACCUACCAUCUCAAAAGCACCAUCAUAGUAAUUUAAUUUUGGGUUUGGGGAUUUAAGGAUUUCCCAUCCUGAAACCAUGUUACCACUGAUCUCUCUUCACUUGUCAAGAAAAAGAAAUGUGUUUUUAAGCAAAAUGUUUUUAACCCUAUUAGCAUAACGACUUUAGGGCUUCUAUCUGAGCAAUUUACAUUCUGUUUUAUAACCUUUGCUGUCUAAAGAGAGAACUCUAAUGGAUUGGUAGGAGGAGAAUCUUUCCUAGCUGGACCAUGAGGUGGCAACAAUGGAAUUUUCCUUUGGAGGAUGUCCACUAAACAGCCACAGGUCACAGUCCAGCAUAAACUCUUACUUCCCUAUCAAACUUCUGUGACAUUAGGGUUUUUUAAAAAAAAAACUUGUGGUGUUCCAAACACAUGGCAUUUGUGUACCAGCACUCUGGGUGGAUGCUACGUACAAAUGCUGUGUGUGUAGGGGCAAACACAGCAAUCAAGAACUCUUUAAAUGUAACAGGCUGCUUCCAAGCCAUGUCCUCUUUCAUGCCUAGGAUUUCAUUUACUUCAUACCUAAUAGUAAAGUGGCUAGCCCCAUUAGGAUCACAAAAGCAAGAAAACGGGGGCUCUCCCAGACAUACUUGGGCUUUCUCUGUACUCCAAGGUCUCCCCAGAUAGGCAGAAAAAUAAGAUUUUGUAAAUUAACCAACAGGUGGUAGGAUUCCCAAAAUGGUCAGAUGAGGAUUGAGCAUGCCCAGGAGGCACAGAUUAUUGAAAGACAAUAGAAACUACGGUGAGCUCUAACCAGCCUUUCCCCUGGUGAAAAUGGAAAGAUGGGUAUCCUUUGAGCACCCCCCCCCCCAAGAAAAGCUAUACAUAGAUUCAUUGGACCAGAAUGGACAAAAAACAUUUGGAAAGGGGGCUGUAGUAAGGGAAAUAGUGAGAUUCAGCAAAACUGGCUGGAUCCAACUGAAUGUGAUGAUGAAAUUCCCCUUAAGUCUCCAGAGCAUAUAGAACCCUGACUUUGGGUGGAGUGAAAAGAUUAUUAAAUCAUCCAAACAUCUCAUAAUUCUCCUCAGAGGCCCUUAGCUGAUUUGAAGCAAUUAGUGAGCCACUAAUUUUUUAAAAAAACCUUUCAAUUGCUUUGGUAGAUGUACACUCAGGCCACACAUGGAGGAAAUGGGUACACUUGACUGGGGCUUAGAGGGACUGGGCAUGGAGUGGGAGCUCAGCCUAGCCUGUAAGCCUAUUACUAUGAUAUGGUCCGUUUUUGUCAUUUUGAAAAUAAAAUAAAAAGCUAUCUUUUAUGA